AGCACACAGAGCUAGACACAUGGUUUCUACUUUGAGCUAGUCAGAGGAGUAAGACAGUGCUUUCUGUUUGAGCAUUUUCAUACAUAAGAAUGAACAAGCCUAAAAUCGUCAGACCGGAGGAGAGCCAGCCAGCUCCAGUUGUGUGGUUUGACAGAAAAAAAUAUGUCACCCUCAACUUUAAGGUUCAGAGACCGAAGGAUGUCCAGGUGGACAUCCAGCCAGACAAGCUGAUUAUGUGCUGCAAAAAUGAGAAUGACGAUGUGUUCUACAAUGAGCUGCACUUCUAUGAAAGCAUUUUUAUCAAUGACUCCAGAGAAAGGGUGUAUGACCGCACCAUCAAUGUUUUACUGAGGAAGGUGAAGCCGGAUUAUGCAUGGCCUCGACUACAGAAGGAUGAAGCUAGGCCAAGUUGGAUUUCUGUAGACUUUGACAACUGGAGGGACUGGGAGCAUGAAGAAGAUGAGGGAAAGGAAGAGUUUGAUCGUUACGUGGAUAUGAUCCAGGAAAUGUCUACCAGUAAUAAAGGAGCAGCACCAGAUAUGGGGGAUCUUAGUGAUUUUGUUACCACUGUGGUGUCCUGCUGUCCGGCUGAACUCAAGCAAGAAGUCAACGGGAAGAAAGAAACUUUGAAGGGCUUCAAUGUCAAGCUCCAAGAUACCAUCUUGUUUCCUGAAGGAGGUGGCCAGCCAGAUGAUCAUGGGCUGAUUGGAGAUGUUCCCGUUCUGCGGGUGACGAGGCAGGGGCCUGAAGCCGUACACUUUGUGAGCGCUCCACUGGAGGUGGGUCAGGAGGUGCCGGUGAAGGUAGACUGGGAGAGGCGGUUCGAUCACAUGCAGCAACACUCAGGUCAACAUCUGAUCACAGCUUUGGCGGACACACUCUUUGGAUACAAAACCACAUCCUGGGAUCUGGGACGUCAGAGAAGCACCAUUGAACUGGACACUCCCUGUAUGAAACCUGCUCAGCUCCAGACCCUUGAAGAAGCUGUAAACGAAAAGAUCAGAGCCCACGUCCCUGUCAUUGUACAGCUUCUGUCUAUAGACGACCCAGCUGUGGAAAAGGUGAGGAGUCGAGGGCUGCCAGACGAUCAUGCAGGACCAAUUCGGAUCAUCGAUAUUGAAGGUGUCGACGUGAACAUGUGCUGUGGAACCCAUGUGUCAAACCUCAGUCACUUGCAGGUAAUCAAGCUUCUUGGAACUGAGAAAGGGAAGAAAAACAAAACCAACCUGAUCUUCCUGGCAGGAAACAGAGUUUUGAAGUACGCCGAGAAGAGUUACAGUACAGAGCGAUCGCUGGUGUCUCUGUUGAAAACUGGGCCUGACGAGCACGUCGAGGCUGUUGAUAAGAUACAGAAGUCUGUGAAGCUACUACAGAAAACUAAUCUUAGCCUGCUACGGGACAUGGCUGUCCUCAUUGCCCAGAACUUUAAGAACAACCCUCAGCGAGGCAACUUCUUCAGCUAUCACAAAAAGGAGGGUGACAAUGAGUUCAUGAACAUCAUUGCCAAUGAAAUAAACACUGAGGAGACGUUGGUCUUCCUGACUGUCGGUGAGGAAAAAGGCCCUGGUUUGUUUCUGCUGGCUGGACCCAGUGGACCGGUGUCAGACAUGGGACCACGGGUGUUGGAGAUGCUUCAGGGGAAAGGAGCAGGAAAAAACGGACGUUUCCAGGGCAAAGCCAACAGCCUGGCACGAAGAGGAGAGGUGGAGGAGUUUCUGCAGCAGCACUGCAAACAUCACGCCUCAGAGGAGGAAUAAAGCAGCCGUGGCUCAAUGACAAAUACUUUUUAGUUGAUGGAAAUAAAGGAUAGUCAGAGAAGUAUUAAUAUUUUGUACUUAACACUAAUGUAAGUACAUAAAACAAGAUAACUUAUGAAAAGUUGUAAAUAACUGGGAUCGCUGUACAACAUGCUGUACAUAUCUGAAUGUGAAAUAACCUGUACUGUUUUAUCCACUUAAAACCUCAUCUGUUCAAUCUUUAUUUUGCGAGUUUAUG